AUGCUACGAAAUGUCAUAGUGCUUGCCAUAAGCCUGUGCGCUUUACUGGCCUCGACUGUUGCAAGUGUAGAUCCUCGAGUAGCCUAUCUUGAACCGGUAGUCGACACAGAAGGAACCUAUUAUUUGGGACUGAAGACGUUGGUCAUCGCGUCGGAUACAAAGAGGGCAAAGUCCGCUCUGUCCAUUCUAAAUUCGUUAGGUUCGCCGUAUGAUCUGGUCACUGCAACACCAGUGUUCACCGACCCCAAGUACAAUGUGAUAGUGCUAACCGACGAAGUGAGCGGCGUUGAUCUUGUCAAGAUUAAUGCUUAUGCGAUUAAGUAUAAGGUCCGUGUAGUGAAGCUGCAGAUCAAGGCCUUCGAGCAAUAUGGUCUGACAACGUCGACCACCAACGUCAACAACAUGAACAUAGUGAUGGAUGAUGCACCGAUUAUGGACUACUACAGUGAUGUUAUGAAUACAAAAGGAGCCUGGGACGCAAGCAAAAUCGAUCCAAUCGGAGCUGAGAUUAUGCCAGAUCUGGACACGCGAAUUGAUCGUGUUAUUCCAAUGAUGCGCUAUACAGCCGGUAGCACGACCGUAGCCAAUGGACCUAUUGCUGCCUACAUCACAAAUUACAAGGAUGGUCUCGAAGUUAUGUGCUUCACUUUUGAUGCCACCAAAGUGGAUCUUGACAGUGAGUUGCGUGCUGAGGAGAGUCUCGCAGACAAGUACAGCUUCUUCAACCUGGCUCUGGCAAACAUGUGGUUUACUUGGGCAUCAAGGGGAGUGUUCAUGGGCAAGCGUCGUAUUUCAUUGCAGAUGCAGAUUGAUGACUGGUUUCUCGCGUCAGAUUCGUACGGCGAAACAACCCCGUUCCGCUUAUCCGGAAAAGAUGUUGAGCACGCUAUAGCAUGGAUAAACCAAAUUAAAAUCACGGCCAACCUUCCAGAGGGCUCUAACGUCACAUUCGAGCCUGCAUUCAAUGGAGCUGGUAUUGCUAUGGUAGACUUCGAAGACAACGGGCUUGUGUCGACUUCGAAACACUACGCUGGCCGAUUCAACUGGGUGUCCCACACAUGGACACAUCAGAAUAUGGACUGGUUAGAGACAUUCGACUGCAAUGGCCAAGCCAAUGAAUGUCACCCCGAUGAGGCACGCUACAUCCACGAGUUUCAAUAUAAUAUAGAUGUCGUCGAAGACAGGGUCGUGGGUAGUCCCAGCUACGCAGCACCAUGGGAGGAUUUUGGUAAUGCUACACCCGCCAUGUCUCUAUUCAAUAAUAACGACGAACGCGAGGAACGAUGGUCCCGUCAUUCUCUCGUAACCCCAGAGAUCAGUGGACUGUGGCCGGACUGGUUUCCGAUACCUCGUGCAUACACUGAAUACCGAAAGCCCAACCCUAAAAAUGAGUUGCUUUUCAAGAUGUUGGACAAGUUCGAGAUUAGAGCUGUUGUGGGUGACAACACGCGAGAAGAGCUUACAUCCAAGAACCCGUUCCACGGAGUCUUAUCCACCGUAGAUGCGUACGGAUCGGAUAACGUAAUCAUCAUUCCUCGAAUGGCUCCUAAUGUCGACUACAAUAUCAAUAAUCUGGAGCAAUUCGCUGACUACUACAACACUGAAGGAGUGUGUGGCUGGGUUGUCUACGGCCCAUCAUGUAAGCGGACACCGUAUACAGGACUUGAGGCUUUAGAACGAGAGGCGUUCAGCGUGUUGCUAAACUUCAUACAAUACCGUCAGGAUGCAUACAUGUUCCACCAGUCCAACAUGCAUGCGCAGCUCUUCCGACAGGACAAUAUGCCUAUAGUUGGUAUCUGGGCUCAGUUCGUACUCGAAGGUGUUAUGGAGUUCAUCAACGAAUUGCCGGUUCUAUCGCCUAAAAUGGAUGUUACAGCUGAGGAGUAUCGCAAGAGAAUGGCAAGAGAUGCCUGUGGGUUGCAAGGCUUCGUUAAGAUUGUCAAUGGAACGCCCCAGGGAAUCACCGUCGGCACUACAAAUAACAACACGUGCGAGGCUGUUGUCACAAUGGUCGGCAAGGAACAUCCGCUUCUAUCGUUGGAUCCCUCGUCCUAUGCUCAGCUAUCCAAGGAAGAGUAUGGAAACGACACCACCCUCGCGUUUGCGAUCACUCCUGAGAAGAACAUCGUUGAGCUGAAUCUUCUGUCAACAGUCGAAACACCCACUGUCUCGACACCCACUGUCUCCGACGCAGCUGUGUUGCCUGAAGUUCCAGCGGAGAACAUCAAUGGACUUGAGAAUGGAGUUCGAAGCGGAGAGAAUGAAGUAGCUCCGACCACGGGAAAGACGGUGGGCAGUGAAUCCAACGAAUACGUAAACGACGAUGGGAUCGAGCGUAGCAAGGCAGACGCCAUCUCGAACAUCGGUGCCGACGAAUUCACUUUCAAUGGGGCGUCCUCGUCUACCAGCUCAUUUAGCGUCGCUACUGUUAUUGUCGCCUUCGUAAGUCUUUUUGCUAUGAUGUGGUAAAUUAAUACCACAGAUUUCACUCUUUGAGAUGGAGCACAUGCAGCUGUCAAAUGGCUUAAAAAAGGACACAUGAUAUUCAUCUCCGUCACCCACCUACACACAAAACUUGUUUAAACCUACAAGAGUAUACUGCUACGAACAGCCUCUUAUUACACCGGAGUAUAUAAUAUAGGAAAAGACGCCUGGUACACUCAUCGGUUGCCCAAACAAAGUGCCACGAAGGACUCCUAUAAUAUAAUAUACGAUUGCCGAUAGAUUUAAUAAAACAUACAAUACGAAUCU